AAUGCCAGGACGGCUCUGCUGCUGCUUAUCUGGAUUUAACCUAAGCUACCGCUGCUGCUUAUUGGACUUUGCUCCAUGGAGAAACAGCUGCUUUGUAGCUUAUAGUUAAAAAUAAAACGUAGUUAGCUAGCUUAGCUAAGAUAAUGUGUUUACGUCUGCUUAGCUAACGCUACCAAGAAUGCUAAGCACUAAGCUAAAUGUGUAGGUUAGUUAGUGUUAGUUUAGCUAGUUUUGUCUUAAACUGAUAUAUAUUUUUAUUAUUUUUUUGUAUAGGAAGCGCCUGUCUGAGAACGGGUUAAUUUUAAGUAUCCAAAGUAAUGUAUACAUUUAGACGUUUUAGCGCUAGUUAGCUCUUAAACCUAGCAAUCAAACAAGGCAGUUUACACCUGUAGCUCUUUAUCUAGUGCUACAGUAAUAAGGGAGCAGGGGUCCGUUUUGGACACAGCCUCGUAGUGCACUUAGCUAGUGCAGCCCAGACUAGCUAUAGUGGUUGACGAUGUUCACUAGAAAACAAUGCCUUUUUAGUGCACUAUUUUACUUAGUGUCCGGUUUAGUGCACUAGCUACAAUCUCAAACGGUCUAACUUACUCGUGAUUUCUAGUCACUGUCUCAGCUAAAUGUGGGCCAGAGCACACUGUGAGGCUGUAUAUGGGCCAUGGGGAGAAAACUGCGCUGCAGAGGUGUUAAAUCCAGGUCCAGAAAUAAAAAUUCACCUCAGGAUUUUACUCUGCGCUGCAGAGGUGUUAAAUCCAGGUCCAGAAAAAAAAUUCACCUCAGGAUUUUACUCCAAAUGCCUGUUGCAGCUCCUCUGGAUUUAAUCUAAGCUACCGCUGCUGUUUAUUGGACAGCGUUUUAGCUUAUAGUUAAAAAGAAACGUCAUUAGCUUGCCUAGCUAACGUGUUUAGUUACCUCUGUUUAGCUAACGCUAGCAGAAAUGCUAUCAUACAGCAGAAAUGCAAAGCACUAAAUGUGUAGUUAGCUAGCUUGGAGUUAACUUAGCUAGCGUUAGGUAAGCUAGUUUUGUCUUAAAAUUCAGCAUUUUUAAUAUUUUUUGUAAAGGAAACACGAGUUUAAGAACGAAUUAAUUAUAAGUAACCAAAUGAAUGUAUACAUUUAGACGUUUUAGCGCUAAUUAGCUCGUAAACUCAGCUAUCAAACAAGGCAGUUUAACGUUACUCCUGUAUAUAGCUUUAUCUAGUGCAACACUAAUAAGGGAAUCAGGGUCCGUUUUGAAGACAGCUAGUGCACUUAGGUUAGCUAGUGCAGAACACACUCAAACAAUGUUCUAGCUAUAUUCACUAGAAAUCACGAGUGUACAAGGGAACAGAAAGCUAUAGUGUUUUAUAGCUAUCGAUUUUCCCUGCAGGUAUUGAAUGGAUAUUUUCCUUUCAGCAGAAAAUAUCCAUUCAAAAUGUUGACUAGACUUAAUCCUUGUGUCGGAAAGUGUCCGCUUUAGGAUUGGGACACGUCCUGGAGAAAUAGGCGAUGUGCUCCUUUUCGACCACAACUAAUAAGUGAAGCAGGCCUCUCUGUGGAGUAACUGGGUUGGUCGUCGCUAUAGCAACAUCCCCAAACUCGGGCCGCUGUUAGCCUGUGUGCUAACACAGAAAAACUGCUGUAUAAUGGAGCCGCUACCGGCUUCUUACUACGGAAAACUGGAUAAAAAUAAUCCAGUCAUAUCUUCUCUGGAGAAGGAUUUAAAAGAGUUCAGGUUACACAUGAAGAAAGUCCGUGAGGCGCCCAACUUUAACCACUUGUCUUAUUCCAGAGGGUCCAUUAAACUGUUCGAUAUAUGGAAAAAAUACCAGCCUCGUCUUCCCGCUCCCUAUUUUGAGGAAUGCCUGUUACAGACAGCAGAUUUCCUUUAUGAGUGUAAAUUUUACAGAUUGGCACAGUGGCAUGGCUACAGUCGCUAUCUGCACCGCUUCUGUGCUGCUGGCUUGGAGAGCAUCAAAGAUGUAGAGCAGUUCAAGCAGACCUUCUUUCCUGAUGGCUUUGAUACUGAAGGAGCAAAGCUUACGUUCCGUGCUCUCCAGGGAGAGUGUCUUUGUGAAUUCUACUUGGAGCGAGAGCAGUACAGUGCUCCACAUAAGAGUGGGGUGCAGAAGCUUCUCGCUAUUCUGGCGUUUUUGCGCCUCAUGAUGCAAGCCAUUAUGCCACACGAGAACCUGUGCUGGAUACUAUACAAUGGUUCACUCCACAUAUACAACAUAUGCAGGUUCCUGAUGUCAGUGAGCCAUUCUGCACAGGCUCUAGAGUACUUGCUGUGGGCCUGUGUGUCUCUGGAGCUGUCAAUUCCACUGCUGAUGCCCAGGUUCCUGCCCUGGAGGGCCACGCUGUACUGUGCAGUGUGUGAAUGUUAUUAUGAUGGCCAAGCUGGGGUUCAGGCAGAGGUGUUUGCUAGACGAGCUCUUGGUAAAAUAAGUGAACUGGCAACACUGGAGGACAUGAGUGGAUCUCUGUCGUCUGCUGAAACACAGCGAGCCUUCAAAGAAGCCACUAUUAAACUUGCAGUGAUGGUAUUUAAACAGUCGGUGUAUGAAUCUCGGAGGAAAAACAGAGGAUAUUUCAGGGCUGAACGGAGGCGCAGUUUCAAGGAAAGUCAUAAUAUUUCAUGGCCGCGGACGCUGACCGAGCGGAUGCUGAUGGAGCUGUUUGAGGGGAAUGCUGCUCAGUUCCUGGCUGUGCUGGAAGCUUUGAGGGUCAGCUCCCGCAGACUCCUGCACACUGGCUUUUCUGAUAAGCCUGAGGUUCAGGAAGUGGUGCUUGAACUUAUGUCAGCUGGAAUUAGCAUACUUUCUGGUAACGGAGGUUCCUCAGAUAGAGUCCGUAAUGACGAACUGCCUCCUUCCUUGAGUGCCAUCACGCCUACUUUCACAAUCAUGGAAAUGGCAAGAGCUGGGGAGAAUCUGAUCUCUGUGGAUGCUGCUGUGAAGUUUGUGAAGCUGUUAUUCACAUAUGAACAGUGGGAUACAUUUUGCAGUUUGUCAAAGAGCCUUGUGACAGUUUUGUCUAACCUGGAGGUACGUUGCUUCCAGAAAGCUGAGUUGGAGCUCACGCUGCUGGAAGCCCUGGAGCACCUCGUAUCCACUCAUAAAAUCAAGCUGUACACCAAGGAGACUUUACCUGGUGAAGACAAGAGUGUGGAUCAGAUUGCCAUGACAGAUGAGCUGUUAAAUCUGGUCCAGACUCUACAUGUGUGUGUCUGUGAGGCAGCCCAGGGCAUUCAGCUGGAUGGGGACAUGGUGGUGGAUAUUGUGCUGUUCCUCUGGGCUAGGUGUAAGAUUGUGUUUCAGAAAGCUCAGGGACUACACUCUGACUCAGUUUGUUACCUGGGCAGAUCAGAGAACCAAGAUAAGUGGGCACAGACUCUGUUUCUGCUGUGUGAGGUGGUUCAUGAAUGCCAGCUGACUGAAACAGACCCAGUAAUGGUGGCUGAGAUGACUAUCAGGCUGGCCAUGGUGCUAGAGGGCAGCGCAGACUCCCCUCCACGAACUGGCACAAAAACAGCUUCAACUGAAGUCAACAGUUCGCAGUCCACCCCCACCGGAAAACACAGCCAUAGAGCCACACCUUUACUGGGGUCCCAGGCAGAGUUGCUGGAGAUUGCAUUUAGUGUGCUGGAGAGAGGCCUGGAGUGUCUGUCCAGAGGCAGGGCUGCACUUCUUCACUGUGAUGCCUCAGCAAUUGCUGACACUGCGUUCCUACAGAAAUUUGGUGGAGUAUAUAUGAGGUCUUCUGGAAAUGGACAGCCAGAGAGCACCAGAACUUCAUUUGUCAGUGUAAUCUGCAUGGACCUACAUGUAGAAAUGUUAGCUUUCUAUCACAGAGUGUUUAUCAAACUGCUAGAUACCUUCCCAGAUGAUGAAAUUGCAGGGAGCAGGAUGAGGUCAGUGGCACAGACUGACCAAGGACGGAGCUCCAGGGAGCAUUCUAUGAAAGCUAGAGCAGAGAGUGUGCUGCUGGAGAAGAUCAAAAAGAACAAAAUCUCCAAAGCUCUAUUCCUGAUGCAGAAGUCCUUACUUUCCCACAAGAAAGACUCUUCUACUAAGAAAGGCAGCAAAAAAUUACUUGAGGAGGCUGCUGCAUUGUUGGAGAAAGCAGAGUUAGACGAGAAGCGACUGGCUGGUGCUUCUGUUCCUGUUGAGAUGAGAUCUGAAGCUGAAGAUGGCUGUACUCCACCUCCACCUCCUGUCCUACUUACAUGUAGCAACUGGUGCAUGACCUUUACCCCAGCACCAUAUGCUCUGGAAGAGAAGGUUUCCUGGUAUCGCAUUUAUAGUAAAGAAGUAGAAGGUCAUAAUUUGAAAGUGCGUAUUGGAGACAGCCACCUGCCUGGAACCGGUGAUACGAUUCCUUCCAGAGGUGAACGCUUGUUCUGUGUAAGUGGACUGGAGCCAAAUCAGAAGUACAUCUUUGCUGUUGCUGCAUACGAUGCUCAGGGUAACAUAGUUGGCAAAACCAUUGGAGAAGCUACCAGGCCCCUGUUAGCCUACUUGCCUUUGCCUCUCUUGACAACUUGGGCUCACCUGGCUCAGGUGGCUUACCAAACUGGCCAGUACGCAGUAGCAAAGAAAGCCUGCAGUGAGCUUUGGAGCCACUUUACUAUGAGCUUAACACCAGACUCUGGAGGGUCUCCAGUGCCAAAGAAUGAGAGUGGUCUUGAGGGAUUUGCAGAGAUGAGGCUGCGGCCAGAGUUUCUGCAGGUCUCUUCUCCACUUCUGCAGCAGCUUUGUCUCUCGACCAUGUUCAUUCAAACUGACAUCCACAUCCAAGAGAGAGCACUUUAUUGUGACUCCCACUUUGAAAGAAGCAUGUUAAUCUGGGAGCAGGAGGACAGACUUGCAGAGUGUGAGAGGAUGCUGGUGGCUAUAGACAUGGCUCUGCAUCUCAAUGACAGCAGUGGUGCUCUGCAGGCUAUAGUUAACUGCUAUGGCCUCCUGGCACCUCUAAUCUACUAUCAGAUCCCUUCUGAUGCUGUGAUUCAGGUAAUGUUAAAGUGUCUGACAGGGCUGCAGGAGAUUCCAGCAGUCCUUAAACAGAAGCGGCCUGCUGCAACCGCCGAAUCAUUGCAGCAUAUGGUGGCUUGCAUUACACACUACUUAGCUAAGGCUUUGCAAACCUUAAAGAAGUAUCCUCUAGCAUCUUCAGUGAUUGAACAGGGUAAGAAACUCCUACAGGAGAUCACUCAGAGCCCUCAGCAGACGCCAAGCAGGCAUGCACUAAUAGAACAAAACGGGAGGGAGAAACUCCAGAAGAAGGCUCGCAUGGAGGAGCUCAGAGAGCAGCUGGAGGCUUUGGAGGGUAUUGUCACAAAGAGCGAAGAAGUAGUUUGCGAAGCAGCAACAGAUCCCCAAUAUCCUGAACUCACUGGAAAUGAAGAUCCUGCAGUUCUUCAAAUGGUCAUUGGCCAGAGCUCACUGCAAAAUGCCUUUAAAGAUGUGAUGAAGUUUAAGCGAAGGUCUUUCUUCAUGAAGUUUGCUGGGCUCCUGCUGCAAAGGGCCUUCCAGGAAAAUCAGCUGGAGCUGUUGCUACAGUGGGGGCAGGAGAUCUUCAGCAGGCUGAGCAGGCAAGAGGAAAGGUUGCCAAUUUCAAAGAAGAAUCAAGAGCAAAAAAGUAGAGAGCUGAAGAAGUUUACAUCAUCUGUUAUAGAGUACAGUAAUAAAAAACAGCUCAUCAGUGUUCCGAAGGAUAAAAAAAAGAAAGAGCAAAAGUUAUCAAGUCAAGGAACCCUAACUCCUGAGACCAUGUGGAGUGGAAAACAGGCUAAAGCAAUGGAGACCCUACGAAAGCAUUUGGCUCCUUUGAGCAGGAAGAAGCUGAGGAGAAUGAGGCAGAAGGGCACGAAGGAAUGUCUAUUGUGCUGCCACAUCAACCUGGUUCUGGCCCAGGCCCACCUGGGUCUACUGAGAAAGAAUCUUGAGACUCAAUCUAGAAUGACUCUCCAGAAAUGUUACAACAAAAUGCCUCCACUCCUCUUCUCCUUGGCACAUACUGGAACACUGGUGAAGUGGAAGAAUGUUCCUCAACACAUCAGACCUCCUGAACUGAGCUUCUCCACUCUCAAAGGCAUGCCUCCACCUAAACCCAUUCACAAAGCCAAACACACCAGCAAAGCACCACACAUCACUGAGGAUAAAUCUGCGGAGGGUGAAGUGGACAGUGAGCUGGACACAUCACGUACACAGCUGACUGAUGAUUCAGACAUCAGCGAACCAGAAGCAACAGUCACCCCGACACAGCACAUGGACUUUCAGCCACUGGACAUCCUCUGCAAGGCUUCAGUGCAUCUCCGGAAAGCCAUGGUGCUGGCCCAUCGUGAGCGGGCUUGGAUGUCUCUGCAGUGGGUGUGUGGGAUUAUGUGGGAUCAGAUGAGCACCAUAGCAUUCGGGGUAGAGUGUGGCAAAACGUCUGAUUCCCACAGCAAACUGACUCUGGAUCAGUUCUACACAGUGUUUACACCUCUGCUGGUACUGGCUUCAGACCUGCUCAUGGACAUGAUGGAGAGGCUACAGAAAUGGAAGGUGUACAAUGAGGAAGAUGAAGACCUGGAGGCUGGGUCACUGGGUGGCGGCAUGCUGAGGGAUCUUCUCUGGCUUAGGAACGUGGUGUUACACACUCUGGAGCUCCUUUACUACCAGGGCAAAUGGGAAACUCUUUCCUAUCUUGCUUUCCGAUACAACACCUAUACAUGGGGGCACUAUACUCACAUAAUAACCCCGCUAUUGGUACAUGCCCAGAGGAGACUGCUGGAUAGAAUCAACUAUUUUGAAGGUCCUCCAGCUCCCCAACCUCACUUUAUCCACACAGAAACAGCCACUGGAGAGAAGAUCACAUGUAGAAACUAUGCAGGCAAGCAGCUGCUUCUACAUUGGUCCUCCAGUGCACAGAACCAGCAUAAAGGCACAGCAGGCAAUGCAGGGCCAGAGCUUCUACAGCUGGCAGAGGUCAACAGAGCCAUGUGUGUUGUGUGCGUGCCACUGGACAUUGAAGACACACUGCGCUGUUUCAGAGAAACAAUGACCAAAAGACGCCACACACUACGUGCCUUUCAGCACAGCCGCACACUGCUUCUGCUUCUGCUGGCUGACACACAGCAUUCAAUGGAGGUGCCAUUCUGGAAGGAGUUCCACAGUGAGUUACAAGGAAAAGUGGAGUUUAACCUAGCAGCCACCAAUCCACCAUCCAUCAGUCCUCCAGACCUGACCAAUGAAGACUACAGCUCUGUGGGUUCUGUGUACAGCUCCCCGCUGCCUCCUUCCCACAUCCAGACGGUCCUCUCUUCCUACAGCAGCACUAUCAAAUAUCUUCAAGCAAAUAAAUACAAUGCACUGCUGGUUCAAGCUCUGCAUGAUGUUGGAAACCUACAUUUUUACAAUGGGAAUCAAAAGGCUGCUCAUUUACACUGGAGCAAGGCUCUAGACUGUGCCCUUCAGUGCACUGGAGUACAGGAAUUAUGGGAUGGAGAUUCAUGGCCCAGCAGCUCCACUCAAGAGCCUCUGAGAGAUGUUGGGAUAUGGGGCUGUCUGCAGGGAGCAUUGCUGUCUGCCAAGAUUGCUCAGUACAUCCUGACAUCUGACAUCAGCCAACGUACAAAAUGCUGUCUUCUCUCUGCCAAACUUUUCAAGUGUCUGCUAAAAGCAUCCCUCCCUCAUCCUGAUAAUGAUCUGGAGUACUCUUCUUACUCCCUGAAGACGGAGCUGAUCCCUGGUUUGGAUGUAUUUUCAGAGCCAGAGUGGGGCAUUGCUGCUGGUGCUGUGGCCAGUCUGGAUUUCUUGUGCCACUGGCUCUACACUUCAGGACAUCAUCUCACAGUUCUUCCUCUACUAGCUAUUUAUCAGUACAUAGCCAGCAUGGUCUGUCGAGACCCACAUCACACUGUAAGCUGCAGAAUACUGAAGGUGAAGGUGUUGACGGAGCUGUGCCUGUUUGCUGAGGCAGUAAGAGAGAUACACAUUCUCACUUUGGGUGAGGAAGUCCCUGUGGCUUACAACAGCUACAGUGGAGGAGGAGAGACUGAGGCAGAGAAGAGCUUUAGAAAUUCAAGGCCUCUCCUUGAUCCUUCAAAUCUUCAGGUUCUGAAAGAGGUAGUAAACAAGAGGCCCAGUGAAGAUGUCAUGGCACUGUAUGGUUCCAAAUUGACCCACCGACUCUUUCUGGCUAGAAUUCAACUCAUCACAGCGCUGUGCAGCACAAUUCAUGAUCUGCCUGAGCCAGUUUCUCCAGAAAUGAUGUUGGAGUCUCAGCUGCAAAGCAGUGUGUCGAGUGAUCCCGGCACACCAAACCACAGCAGUGAAGAAUUUCCCUGCAACAGCCCGGACACAAAGAACAGCGUCCCUAAAGGCCUGCAGCUAGACUCACAGAAGGACAAGCUUACUCUGGGCCAAGUCAAGGCUUGGCUGCUGAGGGAAGCCUCAAACCAGUUGAGAUCUCAGCUUUUUGCCCUUCAGAACAUUCAUACAGACCCUGAAGAGCUGGAGCUAGAUGUGGAGACCAGACUGCUGCUGUCUGGCCUCAGCCUGCAGCAGGGCAAAACUGCCUACAGUGCUGACUUGGCUGUGUCUGCUCUGAGGCUGCUGCAGGAUUCUCCUUUGUUUCAAAGUAAAAAUGUGCCUCAGCUGCCACCUAGUGCUCCAGUGUCUGCAUUUCGACAGUCCAGUGCUAAAACCAAACUCCAGCAGACAGGUCUGCAAGGGUCAGACCCUGCUCCUGACACGGAUCUGAGGGACGUGCAAGUUGGAGUCAAGGCCGUUGAGUGCAUGGGUUGUUCCUUCUGGCUGCGCUGCAGACUGUCUGUGGUCCAGAGCUUUACAGCUCAUCUCCCUGGGACCGCUGUCUGUCCAGGUGUGGACAGCAGUGUGGAAGCAGCCAGGCUGUUGAAAGAGGGCCUUGCUGAGGCUGAAGCUUGGGGAGACCCGGACACACAGGCCCUACUGCUUCUGCAGGAGGCUACACUAAACACUCAUUGUGGGAAAUCUCCCGUGGAGAGCGCCUCCAUUCUGCAGGAGGCAGUAAGUUUGCUCUCUGGUCGUAAUGCUCUCUCUCUGCCGUCUGGUCUGGCCCUUGCUAAGGCUACGUUGCUGCUGAGUGAACUUAGACGCACAGGCAGCCAAUCCCUCUACCUGCUUACUCAGAAACUACUGCAGCAGCAGCUGUGUACUCUUGGGGAGAGUAUAGUGCUGAAAGCAGGUGGAGGGCUAGAACUGCCCUCCACUCAAAGCUUGAGGAAUAUCUACCACCCACAGCUCCCUCUGCUGGCCAGGGCAACCAUGCACUUGGGUCACUCUUUGGCGCUGCAGGCCAUGAAUACCGCCGUAGAGGAUGGAGAGGACCCUUCAAAGCCCUGGACCACUGCUCAGGAGGUGCUGCAGUCUGCAUUCAUCAUCUCCCAGACCUCUGCCUGCAGAGACCAGCAACUGGAGGCUGAGAUCUUGUACUGCAGAGGAAUGGUGGAAAGAAUCCUGAUGUCACUGGAUGCAUUCCAGCACCAGGCAGCAGUAGAGACCUUUCUGCAGAGCAUCACACUCACUCAUUCACACAGCCACAAUCUGCAGUUAAUUCACAGAUGCUAUAUAGAGAUGGCUCUAAUAUACCUGCAGCACUGUCAGAACAAUACAACUGCUUUUCCCAAGCCUGCAUCAUCUCCAGCACUGGCCGAUUCACACACUGAGCCUCAAGCUUCUGAAAACGUAACUGUAGAUCAGAGUCAGAUACUUCUCUUUUGGGUUUGUCUAAGAGCUGCUAUAAUGACAAUGGAGGGGAUUACCAGCAGCAGCCAACUGUGUAGCUUUGCUAAUUUAAUGGACGGUCAUCUUCCUCUGACAUCAUUUAAAGCUCUCCCUGACUUUGCUGCCAAUGAUUUACUCCAUCCUUGUGGGGGUAUGGAGGAUCCUGUCCAAUUAUGUCGCAGUCCGACUCCAGAUGAGGAUAAUGAUCAGAGCAGCAGAUAUUAUGACCAGCUCACCUGGGUGCACCUGUGCCGUUACCACACACAUCUGCUCAACCUGAGGCACAUAGCCACACGACCAGUGGUAGAGCAGUGUGUGGAUGGGUUCAUGUCUGCAGCUGGAGGCUCUCAUCUGUUUCUAAAACUGGCACAGCUACACACUUUCUUCGGCUGUCACCUAGAAGCCUACAAAGAGCAGUAUGUUGUACCUGACCCUCCAGCUGCCCUUAUCCGGAUGCCUCAGACUACACAGUUGGUCGAUGCUGAUGAGUUGUCCGAGUGUCGGCCCAAACAGCUUGUGUCAGACCUGUACCCGUGGACCACAGUGGACACACAGCAGCUGUGUAUUCAGUGGUAUCGACCUGCGCUGGAACUUAAUAGACUGACACCCAACAUGAUUAUGCUCAUCUUUGGACUGAAUAAAGUUCCGCUGUCUGCUGUGCAACCCAACUCGGUGGCUGUUGCUGAGUUAAAGGCUGGACAACGCCUAAUUUCUGAACAGAGGUUGAAAACUCUUCAUGAUCAGCUGAUUUCAGUCUGUAUAGAGGUCAAAGAAGAUUCGGCCUUAUCUGCCUCACCUGCGUCCAGCACCACCUCCUCCAUCAGCUCCCCAAAAAAGAUUCGAAGCAGCAGCAAAAGCCUGGAUAAAUUUGAAACACUCCCACAGAGACAGAUGCUGCUGGAGAAGACCAAGCAUACUUGUACUGAGAUAAGGAAUCUGCUGAAGCCGGAGUUAAAAUCACAUCCUGUCACAGAGGUACCCUUUGAGCCCAGUGUUCAGACACUCUGUGACUUGGAGCGCUGCUUCAACCCUACAACAGGAGCCAUUCUGAAGGACAAAGUCCUGAUUGACUGGCUCUUCUCUCUUCUCCUUUAAUACAUCUACUUUAACACAGCAAAAAUUCCAAAUAAAACAUCAGAAAAGAUCUGA